AGUCGUGCGUAAAGAAUAAAUAAAUCCGGUUCAUCGCGUCGAAGAGAAGAGCCGUCACUCCUCCACCUGUUGGCGGAUGGUGCUGGCUUUCCCCUGCGGACACCUACUAUGACAUUGGGUUUGGAAAUCAUGGAGGAUAUUGUUAUCGACGUGGUUGGGGAAGGACUCAAAGACAGCGGCGAGGAGCAGCUCUUACCUUUGGAUGAGUCGCUGAGCGGGCUGGAGCGCGGCGCCGCAGCGCGCGACACCCAGAGCAAGGAGCGGGACACCUUCGGUCCGGGCGCGGAGAGUCCUCCCGCGGCCAAAAGCAAAGGUCCCACGUCUGUCAAGCCACCGUACUCCUACAUCGCUUUGAUUACCAUGGCCAUCCUGCAGAGUCCCAAGAAACGGCUCACCCUCAGCGAGAUCUGCGACUUCAUCAGCCAGCGCUUCGCGUACUACCGGGAGAAGUUCCCCGCGUGGCAGAACUCCAUCAGACACAAUCUGUCGCUGAAUGACUGCUUCAUCAAGAUGCCCCGAGAGCCCGGGAACCCCGGAAAGGGAAACUAUUGGACGCUGGACCCCAACUCCUCGGACAUGUUCGAGAACGGGAGCUUUCUGCGGCGGAGGAAGCGCUUCAAGCGGCAGCAUUUCCGCUACGACCCGCUCAAGGAGCAGCACCUGGAGCCCAGCGGCUUCCACGGCUUCGCGCACGGCGCCUACGGGUUUGGCGCGGCGGCUCUGCAGCUGCCCGGUCUGGAGAUCUACCCUUACCUCCACCACCACGCGCACACGCCGUGCGGGCCCGCUGCCAUCCCACCUGUCAGCAGCAUCCUGCCGGCGCUGUCCAGCUUCUUCUCCCGCGGCGCGCUCACGGCCAAGGCUUUCCUGCAGGCGCAGCCCGGGAUCGACGCCUUCUCCCCGGCCCAGUGCACCGCGUACUCCUCCCCGCUGACUUCCGGCGCUGCCUACGCGUCCCCGACGCUCUUCCACCCCGCCGCGGCCCCGCACUUCCUCAGUUUGCACCAGGAGUAUCAGAAGUUACACACUCAGCGUGGCACCGUGGACCUGGCCAAACACAUCCACGCUGCCAACCAUGAAUAAUGCUCAGUAACUCUGACGGACCAUGAACUUGUGUUUUCUCAGGUAACAAAGACAUUUCAAUCAGAACCCUCCAGCGAAGUGGGAUGAAUCUGCUUUCAAAGAAUCUUGUACAUAUGUUUUAUUUUUGAUCUCCUCUUUCUCACUUUAAGGGGAAAAAAUGUGU